AUGAAGGGAUCAACCCUUUGGACCGCCCCGGAGGUCAACCCGAUCAACCGCAAGGCCCGAUCCAUUCCAGUACUCAAUGUCUUCAACGUGUACGGCCGUGUGUUCUUCUUCUCAUGGUUUGCAUUUAUGGUCGCAUUUUGGGCGUGGUACACUUUCCCACCCCUUUUGACACACACCAUCAAGGCCAACCUUCACUUGACACCGGCGCAAGUUGCGAACUCCAACAUUGUAUCCCUGUGUGCUACCCUCAUGAUACGAUAUAUCGCGGGCCCUGCCUGUGAUCGUUUCGGGCCUCGCCUGGUGUUCGCCGGUCUUCUCCUCAUCGGCUCCAUCCCCCUCGGCCUCGCCCCUCUUGUCCACAACGCCCAAGGCCUGUACGUUAGCCGGUUCUUCAUAGGCAUCCUCGGCGGCUCUUUUGUUCCCAGCAUGGUAUGGGCGACCGGUUUCUUCGAUAAGAAUAUUGUUGGCACAGCCAAUGCCCUGGCUGGCGGUUGGGGAAACGCAGGUGGCGGCAUCACCUAUUUCAUCAUGCCUGCUGUCUUCGAUGCGUUCGUUGGACGGGGCUACAGUGCUGGCACGGCUUGGCGAUUGACCUUCAUUGUUCCCUUGAUUGUCACGUUGGCUACGGGAGUCCUCAUGAUUCUUCUGUGUCCCGAUACCCCGACAGGCAAAUGGUCUGACCGACACCUCCACGCUGAACAGAACCUCGUAUCGCACGGCGUCGUCGAGUCCCCACUCAACACUACCAACGGAGUCGUCGACGUCCCUGGUAGCAUCACCGACAAAGCGAGCUCGGAAGCCACACAUCCCCACGAGUCAGACCAGGAGAAGAAGAUGGAGGACAAUGCCGGAUACGACCACGAAGCUGCACUUUCCAAGGACGAGAUGAUGGUGAUCGCUCAGGGCGAGGUCGUGAAGAAGCCCACGGCUGGUAUGGUGCUAAAGAUCUUGGUGUCCCCCCAAACGUUAUUCCACAUCGUGACCUACAUGUGCUCCUUCGGCGCCGAGCUCGCCAUCAACUCGAUCCUCAGCGCCUUCUACGUCAAGAACUUCCCCAAAACCCUCGGACAGACCGACGCCGCGAACUGGGCGGCCAUGUUCGGGUUUCUGAACGUGAUCACGAGACCAGCGGGAGGCUUCCUCUCCGACACCCUCUACAAAUCCACAAACCACAAUUUAUGGUCGAAGAAGAUCUUGGUGGUAACCCUUGGCUGUCUCACGGGCAUGAUGCUCAUCAUCAUCGGCACGGUCGACCCGAAAGACCUGCCGACCAUGAUCGGUCUGAUCGCGUUGAUGGCCGUCUUCCUCGAGGCCGGCAACGGCGCCAACUUCUCGCUCAUCCCGCACGUGCACCCGUAUGCCAACGGCAUCGUGUCGGGCACCACGGGCGCGGGCGGCAACCUCGGCGGCAUCAUCUUCAGCAUCAUCUUCCGCUUCGUCGACGGCAGCACCAACUACGCAAAGACGUUCUGGAUCAUCGGCAUCAUCAUGAUCGGCCUCAACCUCUGUCUGUGCUGGGUCGCGCCGCUUCCGCGGGGGCAGAUUGGCGGGCACUAA